UUCUCCCUUCUUUUUUUUAUAAUUUUUUUUUAUUCUUUGUAUUACCUUUUUGUUUCUUUUUUUUUCUCUUUAUAAUAAAAUGAGGAGUACACCAGGAGUACCGUUAACAAUAGCGGAACUUCAGCUAUCGUCGCCUCUACCUUCACCAAGUCGACAAUCUGUAUUAAAUAAUCAUGCUCAUACCCUUUCAAAUAUAAUCAAUAAUAAAUCUUCAUCGUCAUCAUCUUUAGCAACUAAUUCCUACAAUUCAACACCUGAUCUUGCAUCCAUCUCGACAUUAUCCAAAUCAGUGAUGCUUCCUCCUUUACAAUUCGAACAACCCAACUCACUUCAUCCUGAUCUAUACCCUUUAACUACCGCUAAUACACCCAAUGCCAUGAAGAAGUUUACUUUCUUGGUUGAUGGAAGACCUUGUUUAUUUGAAGAAGUUAACACAAGCACAGUUACAAAUACACCAAGAAAAAGAUCUGCGUCUAUAUGGGAUGACGAUAGAAGUUUUAAACGCACAGAAUUAGAUAAUGAAGCCCCUGAUAAUUUACCAACAAAUGCUUCUUCACCCAACGACAAUAUGCCGGAUAGUCCUAAUUCUGCGCUACCAUCACCUGUGUCAGAUUUGGAUGAAUCAUUUUAUAGCGUAGAAGAAGAUGAAGACAUGAUGAUUGAACAGCAAAUUACUGCUACGGAAUUAACAACAACAACAGCAACAACAACAACGACAGCAGCAAUGGACACGGAUAGUUUGAUAGAUACAUUUGAUAUGCUUCCAGACAAUAUUCAAACAUAUUUUAUGUUUCAAUUAUUAAAAAGAUCACCUCGUCACGCACUUCGAUUAGCCAAUGCGACAAUUAUGCAAGUCUUAAAAUCGGACAUCUUACUCAAAUUACCACCCAAAUUAGCAACCAUUGUUCUUAGCUAUCUCGAUGUUAGAUCCUUAUGUCGUGCUGCAUCCGUCAACAAGAUGUGGUAUACACUAAUUGAAAAUGCAUCGACUGUUUGGGAAUUAAAAAUGCGACACGCAGAUUUUAAACCUUCAACUAAAGAAUUAAUGGAGGCUGAUUUUAAAAAGAUUGUAAAAAGACACACCAUCAUGAGACGCAAUUGGAAGCUAAAUAGACAUGACAAACUCAUCCUGCAAGGCCAUGAAGAAGAUUUAGUUACCUGUUUACAAUUCGAUGACGAAAAAAUUAUUACCACAGGAUCAGAUGAUCAUAGCAUUAAUGUGUACGACAUCAAAACUGGCGAAUCCAUUACAAAGCUUACGGGUCAUGAUGGCGGAGUCUGGGCCCUACAAUACGUCGGUAACACGCUGGUGACAGGGUCUAUCGAUCGUACUGUACGCGUAUGGGAUAUCAAAGAAGGACGUUGUAGAUAUAUUUUGCGAGGGCAUUUAAGUACCGUAAGAUGCCUCAAAAUAGUCAUGCCAGAAAUGAUUGUCCAACCCGACGGUUCAUCACGUUUAGAACCUAGUGAACCCAUCAUUAUUAGUGGCUCAAGAGAUACAACCAUCAGGGUAUGGAAAUUACCAAACUUGGAGACAGAAGAUGAUAUGCCAUUGUCCACUUGUGUCGAAGAUGACAUGAUAUCUGAAGGUUUUUUAAAAUACAAGUUGGCUGAGCAUGACCAUUCUGUACGUGAUCUAGCUGUGCAUGGAAAUAUUCUGGUGAGUGGAAGCUAUGACAACAGUGUUAUUGUAUGGGAUCUUGAAACUGGUACAAAUGUACACACUCUCAAAGGUCACACGAUGAAAGUAUACUGUGUAUCUAUCGAUCCCAAACGUCGACAUUGCAUCAGUGGAAGCUUAGAUGCAUCUGUUCGAAUCUGGGGUCUCGACGAUGGUGAAUGCAAAUUCGUCUUGCAAGGUCAUUCCAUCUUAGUCGGUCUAUUAGGUCUAGUCGACGACUGCCUAGUCAGUGCUGCUGCUGAUACUACAUUAAGGAUCUGGGAUCCCUCUAAUGGGGAUCGUUUACAUAUUUUGGCUGGAUCUUCCGGCCAUCAAGGUCCUAUUACUUCUUUUCAACAUGAUCGACAUAAAAUCAUUUCUGGGUCUGAAGGAGGCGUGAAAAUGUGGGACACUCAGACUGGUAAAUUAUUGCAUGAUCUUGUUGAAGGCGCUGCUAGUAUCUGGAGGGUUUCUUUCGACGAAAGAAGAUGUAUUGCUGCCGUUAAGAAUGAUAACAAAACUCAACUUGUUGUGCUAGAUUACGGUGUUUACGGCUUAGAAUAAAUUACUCAAAUUUCGCUAUCAUACCCUCGCUACCUUUUUCUCUAUCUAUAUUUUAUAGAAAAAGAGUACUUAUUAUUAUAAAUCAUUGCUUAUUACGUAUUUCAGUUUAGUUUGGAUUGUUAUAUUUCUGUUUUCUUUUUGGUGGACCAAUGGAAAAUGAAUGGAGCAGACAAUGUAAUUAUGUGUUUCUAAAAAGACAAGUUUACACUAGUAUGUUUACUACUUUUAAUUGUCAAGAAAGCUGUAUUUUGUGAGACAAUGUUAUUUCAAUGGCAUUGACACAAGACAUACAUUUAUUACGAUACUUGC